UGUGGCAACUCCAUGUCAUUCCUACCUCCAAAAUCUUGCCAUUUAUAUUACGACAGGUAACAGACUUGAAGGCCAGAGACGCUCACUUGCAAUGUUUGCUCUAAGACACCUGCGGCUGCAGAGCAGAAAGCACUUUCGCAGCUCUUAUGGGGCGGCGACAACAACAAAACACAUGCUGAACCGACCAGCUGUGCCGGCGCGUGUUCUGAUUGGAGUGGAGCGAUGGGACAGACUACCCCAAAUAAAGGGUAUGCUGAAUGCGAGGAGCAUGACCACCUCCCCCACUUCUGCAUCGGCGCCAGAGAAACCCAGCUCCCCGGUGGAGGAACUUUUGGCAGCGGCGAAGCCCUAUGCCCAACUAAUGCGGAUCGACCGUCCCAUUGGAACCUACCUCCUCUUUUGGCCCUGUGCCUGGAGUAUAGCGCUAAGUGCGGAUGCAGGCUGCUGGCCGGACCUCACCAUGCUGGGCCUUUUUGGCACUGGAGCACUCAUAAUGCGCGGGGCUGGGUGCACCAUUAACGAUCUCUGGGACAAGGACAUUGACGCCAAAGUGGAGCGCACACGGAUGCGACCUCUUGCCUCAGGUCAGAUCAGCCAGUUUGACGCCAUAGUAUUCCUGUCGGCCCAACUUAGUCUGGGUCUCCUUGUUCUGGUGCAGCUCAACUGGCAGUCCAUCCUUUUGGGAGCAAGUUCUCUGGGACUAGUAAUUACGUAUCCUCUGAUGAAGCGCGUUACUUACUGGCCACAACUGGUGCUGGGAAUGGCCUUUAACUGGGGCGCACUGCUGGGCUGGUGUGCCACCCAGGGAAGUGUUAAUCUGGCUGCGUGUCUCCCGUUGUACCUCUCCGGCGUUUGUUGGACCAUUGUAUACGACACGAUAUACGCGCACCAGGAUAAGUUAGAUGACUUGCAAAUCGGAGUCAAGUCCACGGCAUUAAGAUUUGGCGAGAACACGAAAGUAUGGUUAUCCGGAUUUACUGCAGCAAUGCUAACUGGUCUGACUGCAUCUGGAUUGGCUUGCGAUCAAACUUUACCCUACUACGCAGCAGUAGGUAUUGUGGGUGCCCAUCUAGUGCAGCAGAUCUACUCUCUUAAUAUUGACAACCCCAGCGACUGUGCCAAAAAAUUCUUUUCCAAUCACCAAGUGGGGCUCAUCCUGUUCCUGGGCAUUGUUUUGGGAACGCUUCUGAAAGCAGACGAGAACAAAAAACGUCAGUCGUCUCUAAACACCACUCCAGCGAGCUCUUAUGUUAGUCUACCGCAAAAGCCAGAGGUUAUGAGCUGAGAUAAUCUCACUUAGUAUUUAUUUUUUACCGCGUUCUUUUUUGUUCGCUUAAACCAAAGUCUUUAGCUAGCUGAAUAGGUAAAAAAGUGUAAAUAAGUGUAUGACAUUUUA